AUGGGAAAUAAUUGUGGAUGUGUAUCAGAUAAAGAAUUUGAAAAUAAAACUCAAAUAGAAAUCAAUAACUAAUUAGUUUAAAAAAUAUAAAAAAAUAAUGUAAGUAAUAAAUUAACCUAUGCAGAAAACAAAACACAAAACUAAGAUAAUAUUAAAAAAUAUGAAAAUUAUGAUGAUAACGAAGUCUAAGUAGUAAUCAAAGAAAACUAAAAUUAAAAAAAACUAAUAAUAAAUCAAAUAAAUUAAUAAUCAUAUAAAUAAAAUACCGAAAAUAUAGAUUAAAAUGAAAAAAAUGAUAAAUAAAACUAAAAAAAAAAUGAAAUAAAUUAAAAUAGUAUAGAUUCUUCUCAAUAAAAUAAAAAAAAGGAUAAAAAAUAUUUAGAAAUUAAAAAAAUAUAAUAAGAAAAAGAAGCCUCUAAAUAUUUUGAUUAAGAACAAGUAAUAGUUUAACAAUACAAUUAAAAUGAUUAUCUUAAUAGUAAUUCUUAAUAAAAAGAAAGAAGGCCUCUUUAUACUUUUAAAAGUGGAGCAGUUUAUGAUGGAGAAUGGAAAGGAAAUAUGAGAGAUGGUUACGGAGAAUAAGAAUGGCCAGAUGGAGCUAGAUAUGAGGGAGAAUGGUUAAAUAAUAAAGCCCAUGGUAAAGGAAAAUUUUAUCAUGUUGACGGAGAUAUUUUUGAAGGAUAAUGGUAUAUGGAUAAGGCUAAUGGAUAUGGUAUUUAUAUACAUAUCAAUGGAGCUAAAUAUGAAGGCAAUUGGAAAGAUAAUGUAUAGCAUGGAUUUGGAAUCGAAAAUUGGAAUGAUAAUUCGAAAUUUGAAGGUCAUUAUGUAAAUGGAAAAAAAUAAGGAUAUGGUGUGUAUGUGUGGGCAGAUAAAUCAAAAUAUGAAGGUGAAUGGUAUGAUAAUAAAAUCAAUGGAUAAGGUAUAUAUACUUGGGCUGAUGGGAGAUAAUAUUAAGGUUAGUGGCUUAAUAAUAAUAUGCAUGGAAAAGGUGUUUAUACAUGGUAAGAUGGAAGAAAAUAUGAAGGAUAAUAUUUUAACGAUAAGAAAAAUGGUACCGGUAUAUAUUAUUGGGCAGAUGGAAGAAUAUAUGAUGGAGAAUGGAAAAAUGGAAAAUAAAAUGGAAAAGGAAAAUAUAUUAUCUAGGACGGAACUAUAAAAUAUGGAAUAUGGUAAAAUGGAAAAAGAAUUAAAUGGUAGGAUGAAGAUGAAGAUAAAGAUGAAAAUAAAGAAGAUAUUUAAAAUAUAUAAAUAAAUGUUUGA